AUGAAAAAAUCACUUAUUACGUGGUCGGAAUCUAAUCUCACAGCCGCUAAAGCUCGGUUGACAAACCCACUUCUUGCCCCGGCCUACAAAUCAUUGAUCGCAGCUGCUGACCAAGCACUGGACUGCAGCCCAUUUUCUGUAACUCAUAAGACUACAUUGCCACCAAGUGGUGACAAGCACGACUAUUUGAGCAUCGCCCCAUACUGGUGGCCAGAUGCUUCAAAACUUGACGGCUUGCCAUACAUCAAUCGAGACGGUGAAUUCAAUCCUGCAUCAAGAGAUUCCAGUACAGAUAGCAUACGCUUCAAGGAGUUUACUUCUGUACUAGAGUCAUUGUCCCUAGCAUAUUAUUUCAGUGAUGAUCGAAAGUAUGCUGAUAAAGCCGUCGCUCUGCUCAAUGCGUGGUUCUUAGAUGCAGAAACUCUCAUGCAUCCACAUCUGGAGUACGGCCAAGGUAUUGCAGGCGUUACAACUGGCCGAGGAAUUGGUUUGAUUGACACUCGAAAUAUAACAACAAUAAUCGAUUCCAUCAUAAUUUUGGACCCCGUCCUAACUGAGAAGCAGGUACGAGGACUAGAGGAUUGGUUUGAACAGUUUUUACAAUGGCUAUGUACUAGCAAGAAUGGCUUGGAGGAAAGGAAUCAAAUGAACAACCACGGCACAUUCUACGAUUCACAAGUGGCAUGCAUUGCCAUCUUCCUUGGUAAAGACGACUUAGCAAAGGACAGAAUACGCGACACCUUGACCAACCGCUUACCAGAACAGAUCGAAUCGGACGGCAGGCAGCCAAAGGAACUUCAUCGAACGCGCUCCUUCCAUUAUAGUGCAUUCAACCUCACUGCAUAUGCUCGAGUGGCCAGGUAUGGUCAAUUGCUUGGUUUGGAUUUAUGGCAUGCCGACCCAUCCGGUACUGGUAGCCCCAUGCUGAAAACUGCUAUUACAUGGCUGGCUUCGUUUAUUCCAAACCCGAAUUCGUGGCCGUACCCAGAGCUUACAGGUGUCCAGGUUCUUCCGUUGGCUAUGGAUGGCGCCUUACCUGUAUUUUUACAGGCAUUAUUAGAGUUUGGCACGGAUCAAGAUCUGUCGACCGCCCUUGGAAUUGCUGCAAAAGAAGUACCUGAAGCUCGUGACUGGCUCAUAUGGCCCAUGACAGAGGCUGACUUGACUGCAUUAGCUUAAUCUAUGAAAUGUGCAUAACUACUAUUAGAGUGUUCAGCAACUCGACUAUCUAAUGCUUCCAUAACAAUCUGAUUUUAAAUG